AUGUCUGCCAUGCAGAAGUCUAACAGACUGCGAACAGCUCUCCUGGGGGGGAAGAAGGCAUUCGGUGCCUGGCAGAUGCUGCCUGGAGCGAACGUAUCACGCACACUGGCAAGAUCAGGAGUCGAUUGGGUCUUGGUAGACUGUGAACAUGGCAACAUAGAUGAUGGCGCAAUGCACGACGCUGUGCCAGCCAUUGCAGCGUUAGGAGUCUCACCCAUUGUGAGAUUGCCUGAUAUGCAAGGAUGGAUGGUGAAACGGGCACUCGAUAGCGGUGCUCAUGGUAUCGUCGUUCCGUUGUUGAGGACACCCGAAGAGGCGAGACAACUCGUCCAAUCUGCCAAGUUUCCCCCUCAAGGUCGACGAGGGUUUGGAUCUCCCAUUGCUCCCGAACGAUUCCAUCCUGAGCCCACUUUUACACAAUAUCUGCAACAGGCAAACGAUUCCCUACUAACCAUCGUUCAGAUUGAGACCAAGGAGGCACUUGAGUCUAUUGACGAAAUUGCUGCUGUAGAUGGAAUUGACGUUCUGUUCAUUGGGCCAUUUGACCUAGGCAGGUUCCUCAAGGCUGAUACAAAACUCAGGAAAUAUUAA